UUAUCAAAUGAAGAAAUGAAACUGAAAACUCCUCAGUCUGUUUUUGCUGCGCCACAACUGCGGGAUUUACUGUGUCUUCCCGCGCGAUUGGGAAUUUAUGUUCUACACAAAUUGCCUAAAAUAGUGACCUCGAAAGGAAACAGGUCGACACACCACCCCGUUUCAGCUCCAUGAAGUAGACAGUGUGUUUGCUAAAGUGAUGGCAACAAGAAACAAAAGUUCAAGAGUCUUCAUAAGAAUGGGGGGCAGAGGGACAGACAAGCAGAGGAAAGCACGAAAAGAUUAAAUAGAAACUGCAGCUGUCCUGGUUCUGAUAUGACUAAUGCAUUUUGAGAGAAUUAGGUCAUAUCCCGGUGAUCAUAUCCUGAUGGUAAUUUCCACGAGUUGCAGCAAUACUGGUCUGUCUACUUCUGAAGCCCUGAAAAUGAAAGACAUCAACCUUCAGAGAGAGCCAACACCUUUACCAGACAGAUCAACUUUUACAACUGCGAAACAAAGACUCGUGAAGAGGAGGAGAUAUGAACCUGACAGUGGAUCCACUGUUUCCACUUUGAGCUCUGUGUCUCUAAAGAGUGAUCGCUCCAGACUUAGGCCUCCAGUUUUCAGCGCUGAGCACAGACAUUCAGGAGCAAAACUCACGAAGAGGAGGAGAUAUGAACCUGACAGUGGAUCCACUGUUUCCACCUUGAGCUCUGUGUCUCUAAAGAGUGAUCGCUCCAGACUUAGGCCUCCAGUUUUCAGCGCUGAGCACAGACAUUCAGGAGCAAAACUCGUGAAGAGGAGGAGAUAUGAACCUGACAGUGGAUCCACUGUUUCCACUUUGAGCUCUGUGUCUCUAAAGAGUGAUCGCUCCAGACUUAGGCCUCCAGUUUUCAGCGCUGAGGACAGACAUUCAGAAGCAAAACUCGUGAAGAGGAGGAGAUAUGAACCUGACAAUGGAUCCACUGUUUCCACCAUGAGCUCUGUGUCUCUAAAGAGUGAUCGCUCCAGACUUAGGCCUCCAGUUUUCAGCGCUGAGCACAGACAUUCAGGAGCAAACAUUGAGACUACACUGAACAAUCAACAGAACCUGGAUAUGACGGAGUUUGAAAAGGCGUCACUGGCCCUUCUAAAACAAGCUCUGAAAGCACCCCACCAGGUCCUCUCUGCUUCUGCUGAGGAUGAUCAGCUGGUAAAUGCUGAAGCUGAAAUAAAAGAAGCAGUCGUAAAAACUGCCCUACAUGUUUUGAGGACCAUGAAGAAGGAUGAGCAUGCUGACACACUUGAGAAAAGUCAUUAUGGAGAACUUGUCCCUUACCAGCGGAAGCAAAAAUUAUACCUGAAGACGAAAAAUGAGCACUUCUUGGAAGACAUGGUUACACAUGAAUGGCCUGUGCCUUUAAAAAAGAUUUAUACAACAAUUUACCUGACACAGGGAACUAGUGAAGUCAACCAGGAGCAUGAAAUCCGACAAAUAGAGACAGCUUUUUAUAAGAAGAAGCAUUUGGAAACUCAGGUGAUCAGCAGUAAGGACAUUUUAAAACCCCUACCAAAAGAAGACAAAACUAUCCGAACUGUGCUCACCAUGGGGAUAGCCGGCAUUGGAAAAACCUUACGGGUACAAAAGUUUAUUUUAGACUGGUCUGAGGAUGUCAUCAACCAAGACAUCCAGCUCCUCUUUCCCCUCUCUUUUAGGGAGCUGAAUUUGCUGAAAAAUGAAGAAAGAAGUCUGAUGGAUCUCCUUUAUGAAGUUUCUCCAGGGUUGAAAGAGUCUGGAAUCAAAGACCUGACCAUGUACAAGGUUCUGAUCAUACUGGACGGACUUGAUGAGAGCAGGCUCUGUCUGGAUUUCAAGAGAAAUGAAAGAUGCAGUGAUGCCACACAGUCAACUUCAGUGGAUGUGCUGCUGACAAACCUCAUCACUGGGAACCUUCUACCACAUGCCAAACUGUGGAUAACUACCCGACCUGCUGCAUCCAGCUGCAUCCCUCCACAGUACAUCGACCGGGUGACUGAGAUACAAGGUUUCAACAACUCACAGAAAGAAGCCUACUUCAAGAGGAAAAUUGAAGAUGAGAACCUAGCCAAAAGAGUCAUUGCAAACAUAAGAUCAACAAGGAGCCUCCACAUUAUGUGCCAUUUGCCAUUGUUCUGCUGGAUUUCGUCAAUUGUGCUGGGUGAAAUGUGCACUAAAGUAGGAGGGGGGAAAAUGCCAAAGACCCUGACACAGAUGUACAUUCACUUUAUAGUACAUCAGAUCUCACAGAUGAACUAUAAGUACUCCAAAGAGCAAGAACUGGACUCACAAGGGAACAAUCAAGUGAUUCUGUCACUUGCAAAGUUGGCUUUCCAGCAGUUGGAGAAAGGAAACCUGAUCUUCUAUGAGGAGGAUCUGAGAGACUGUGGGAUUGAUGUGAGAGAAGGUUCUGUCAACAGUGGAGUGUGCACUCAGGUCUUCAGGGAAGAGACCUUGAGGGAUCAGAGGGUGUUCUGCUUUGUGCAUCUUUCAGUCGAAGAGUUUCUUGCAGCUCUGCAUGUCCAUGUGAUGUACAACAUCAAAGGUGUAAACCUGAUGAAAGAAAAGUUCAACUUGAGGCCACAGAAUGUGCCCAUUUCCAAACUGCAUAAAGAUGCAGUGGACAAGGCUACUGAAAAUGAAAAUGGCCACUUCGAUCUGUUCCUGCGUUUUCUCCUUGGACUCUCUGUGGAGUCCAGUCAGACUCUGCUCAGAGGCCUGAACAUACCAAACAUGCCCAACAUGCAAAGUCAUGAGGAAAUCAUCAGCUACAUCAAGGAAAAAAUCAGCCAUGCUCGCAGACCAGAGAGGUACAUAAACCUCUUCCACUGCCUGAACGAGUUAAAUGACCACUCUCUGAUGGAGGAGAUCCAGAUUUACAUGGACUCAGACGGUGAAUGUGUCAUGGACCAGUGCUCUCCAGCUCAGUGGGCUGCUCUGGUCUUCCUGUUGUUGACCUCACCUGACAAACCCAAGGAGAUCCACCUCAAGAAAUACUCCAACAGAGAAGAUGGUCUUCACAGACUCUUACCAGCCAUUAAGGCCUCCAGAUCAGCAAUGUUGAAUGACUGUAAUCUGACUGCAGUCAGCUGUCCGGCUCUGUCGUCCACUCUCAGCUCAAGUUCUAAUGAACUGAAUCAUUUGAAUUUGAGUGACAAUCAUUUACAAGACACAGGAAUCGAGAUUCUCUGCGUUGGUCUCCAGAGUCCAAACUGCAGAUUGAAGACACUGAGGUUGAACCGAUGCAGUCUCACUCCCAAAUGCUGUGAUAAUUUGGCUUCAGUCCUGAGCUGUCACUCAGUAAAUCUGCAGGAAUUGGACCUAAGUGACAACGACAUUGAAGACUCAGGAUUAGAGAAGCUUUCCAUGGGUUUGGGAAGUACAAGAUGUCAACUGGAAACCCUCAGGCUGUCGUUCUGUAACAUCACACAGGCCGGGUGUGGAUAUUUGGCCUCAGCAGUCAAAUCCAACCCAUCUCAUCUUAGAGAGUUGGAUCUGAGCUACAAUUACCUGGGGCAGGAUGGGUUAAAGCUCAUUUCUGAUGCUCUUGAAGGAAGAUGUGAAUUGACAAAGUUCAGAGUGGACCACAACGCAGAAUACUGGUUUAAACCAGGGCUCAGAAAAUAUUCCUGCGAACUCACUGUGGAUCUCAACACCGCCCACAAACAAAUCAUCUUCUCUGAUCAGAAUCGAAAAGUGAGUCAGAGCAUAGAGGAGCAGCCUUAUCCAGACCACCCAGACCGGUUUGUCUACUGGGCACAAGUGCUCUUCAAAGAGGGGCAGACUAGCCGCUGCUACUGGGAGGUGGAGUGGGAAGGAAACUGGGCCGGGAUUGGAGUGACCUACAGAAGCAUCAAGCGCAAAGGUCCAGAAAACGACUCCGUGAUGGGAUACAACAAAGUCUCCUGGAGUUUGCAUUGUUCUGUCCAUGGCUACCGCGCUUAUCAUAACUACAAAAGCCAUGUCAUUCAGGUUCCUUUGGCCGGCUCUCGUAAGCUGGCCGUGUACCUGGACUGGAAGGCCGGCAUCUUGUCCUUCUACAGAGUGUCCUGUGGAUGCUCUCUGACACACCUGCACACCUUCCACACCAGAUUCACCGAGCCUCUGUUCCCCGUAUUCAGAGUGUGGGGUCAUGACUCCUCAGUCCGGUUGUGUCACGUGGAAUAAGCCUGAAAAUUUGAGAAAAGGCUGAUUAAAGUGCAUACUGCGUUGAUUAGGGAUCGAAUAAGACUGGACACUGGUCAAAAGAUCGACCAAUUUAUAACUGGAAGACUCACAAGCAGACAGGUUGUAUUAGGAAUUUUUGUUGUGCGAGAAAAGUCUCCUCAUUUUGCAAUGUAGGUGAUUUUCAGAAAGUGAAACCUCAUUUAACCAACAGAUAACUUCCCCAACCCCCUAAGUAGAACUAAUGAAAUGAGAAAUAAUGCUAUGAAAUCAGUUUUGUCAAGUGACCUUUUACAAAAAAGGUCACUGUAAAAUUGCCCUUCGGUGUGAAUGUGAGAGUGAAUGGUUGUUUUUUGUGUUUGUGUCAGGUCUGUGACAAACUGGUAACACAUACAGGUUAAUCAGUUCAGAAAAUGAAUGAUUGAAUGGAUGACCUACAUUAUGUGUUUAUACAACUAAUCCAAUCCAAUUUUAUUUAUAAGGCACUUUAAAACAACCACAGUGGACCAAAGUGCUGUACAGAAGACUAAAAGCACAAUAAAAAAAUGAACAAAAUAGCAAAAAGCAAAUACAUUAAUGAAUGAAGGUGAUCAAGACAAAGAGUUAAUUGCCAUGCAUACUAGUAAUAAAAUAAAUUCAAUAUGUACAGAUGUGUAAAAGGAGUGGGAAGAAGAAAACUUAUUAAAUCCCACUCCCACCUCUCAUUUAUGCAACAUACCACAUUACUUUUGCUUCAUUCACAACUUAUUAGUUUGACCAUUUACGUCGGCACCACACAGCUGUUAUAUACUGAGUGUAUUUUCAUAUUGCAAUAUAUAUCACAGGGUUAAAAAAAAAAAAAAGGCAAUGUCAGUGUUUUUUUCCAUUAUCGUGCAGCCCUAGUUUAUAUAACCAGAGCAUCAUAUAUCAUCAUAUAAUGUCUGCACCUGAAUAAAGUGAAAAAGAUGAACACAUGGAUGGAUAAUGUAAAUCUAUUAUGAUUCUGAACUGAACAUAAAAUCAGCUAAUGGGAGUUCAGCCUCUGGUUGAAUGGAACAUGGGACAUUUUUGGAGUCAGCAGCCUCAGCUACGUCAUCACAAACCAAAGACAGUUUGUGCUGAAGCUGCUCAGACACGUUCAAAUGGAGACUCAAACCAUUAAGGCUUCUUCAGCCUGUCCCAGAUAAUGGACAGAGUGUGAGCUUAUACUUAAUAGUACCUGCUUAACACUGACAAGGAUCUGAGUGGUGAUAACAGCAGAGGAUACUUCACCAGAAACAGUUCUCAAACCUCCAGUUACACCUGUGGACAGUCUGCUUCAAGUCUUAAAUUCAUAUUAAAAUGUCAUUAAUCACAGUAACUGCUUGUGUUACCACGCUGUAAGUUUAUGCAGCCGAGCAAGUGUAUUUGUUUUAGAUAUAAAAGGGGAGAUGUGAAAUUAACACAUUUACAAAGGAUAGCACGGAGGUAUUACAUUGCUGCCAUCUUACCAGAGCACAGCUACACACAGAACUAUUGUACUUAUAUGAGCAGGCUUCACAGCUGAGACAUUCUGCAUUAAUGGGAUGAUUAUGAGAAUAUCAACAGUUUUAAUGAAGACAAUGAAUCAACGUAACAUCUCUGCUAGAUUUUGUAAAAUAACUCACAAAUU